UUGGCCAAUAAAGUAUAUGCGAAAUGUGGAAAAUAUUUAAAAUGCUGAUAUUUCUAAUGGUGCUAUGUGCACAGCACCGCUACGCACUGUCCGAUGGUGUUUGGGAUUAUGCUGUAACAGCGAAAACAAAAAUUGUCUUUUACAACGACCAAUGGCGGGAUGUUACCUCAUCGGCCCAUCAAUUUGAUCAUUUAACGGCCAUUGCUUUCGAUGAAACCGAAGAAAUUGUUUACUUCGCUGAUCGUCUGCACAAUAACGGCAGCAUAUUUUCAUUGAAGUUACCCAACGCCGCUUCAGGUGAUACUCACAACAUUGACACGGUAGUUCAACGAACUGAAAAUGAAACAGUCACCGGCAUUGCCUACGAUCCGUUGGGUCGCAAUGUCUACUGGGUCGAUCAGACAGGAAAAAAGAUCUACUAUGCCUCAGUGGAUAGAGCUGGCAAAGAUCUGCCGAAAGUUCUCAUGGAUUUCACCAAGGAAGACACCGUGCCGGAUGGCAUUGCAAUUGAUUUCUGUCGCCGCAAACUGUACUGGACUAAUUCAAAUUUUGCCAAUGCCACAAUUGAGCGCAUUGAUUUGGAUGGCACCAAUCGUAAAGUGAUUAUCGACAAAGAUUUGUAUUUACCACAUGGCAUAGUUGUGGAUCAAUUGUCGGACCGCAUUUACUGGGUGGUCGAUCAGCAGGGAAUACACUUUACUGUUGAAAGUGCCAAAUUGGAUGGUACCGAUCGUCAAAUUAUUGUCAAGGGUCUCGACAGUACACCUUCGAAUUUGGCCGUGACAAAGGAACUAAUCUUCUGGACAGAUCAGCGACACGAGGCGAUAUGGACUCACACCAAAGAGGCUAGUGAAAAGGUAAAUCGCACCGAAGUAGGCGUGAUUGAAGAGGAGGCAAAACCACACAUAAUCCUGCGUAUGCAGGACAAACCAAGUGGCAUAAUAGCACGUACACGCUUUAUGACCAACCUGCAACAAGAUGAACACUGUGCCAGUGUGGUGAAUAAAAUAAAGCGCCGUAUUCUAGAUGCAGUACCAAUUUCUGUGCCCAACACAACGGGAUCGAAUAAAACAACCACAAAACAACGUGACUAUUGUCUCAACGAUGGUGAAUAUAUACCACAAAGUGGUAUAUGUAUUUGUAAGGUGGGCUAUAUCGGUGCACGUUGUGAGACUAAUGAAUGUCACAACUACUGCAUCCAUGGCACAUGCACCAUGUCUUCGACUGGUCAACAGAAAUGUUCCUGUCAACGUGGUUUCUACGGCAAACGCUGUGAAUCGUCUAUGUGUGCGGGAUAUUGUUUGAAUGAUGGUGUGUGUAAAAUUGAAAGUAAUGGAGAGCCGUCAUGUGAGUGUCCCGACAAUUUUGGCGGUCAACGGUGUGAUCAAAAUUCGACAGAAAUUUGUGCAUUAUUCUGUCGUGUACUGAAAUACGAGCCAGAAACAUAUGUUCCUUUCGGAUGUCAUGAUAUAUGCGAAGAAUUGUCUUCGGAAAAUGAAGAGGCUGCUCAACUAUAUGCGAUACCAACAUACAAACACUUAGAAGUCUGUAAGGAUCAAGUGACAUGGACCAAUACAGUUAUAAUCGCCCUGGUGGCCGGUGUUGUAUCGUGCCUGAGUUUGGUUCUAUUUAUUGUACAUGCUAUACGCCGAUUCUACAAACCGGCCAGGCCAAGAAUAAAGAAAACCUUUGUGGUGCGUAGACAACCCGCUUCAACAGAUACCCCGUUAACCAAUCGACCAAUUGCAACAGAACAAUGUGAAAUAACAAUCGAAAAUUGUUGUAAUAUGAACUAUUGUGAUACGCCUUGUUUCGAUCCAAAAAUGGUACAACAAACAUUAAAUCGUGAUACCAGCAGCAGCAAUACCAAAGAAGAUAAGAAAAUCCUAAUACACAACAUGGAGGAUGAUCUUUAUUGA